GGUCGGUUCCUAAAGGCCCGUGUGUGUGUGUCUGUGCUUGUGGGCGAACGAGACGGACAGAAGUCGUGGGACUUCUCCCUUGGAACUUCUGUGCCGAGAAUCCGAUGUUGGGCUCGGCUACCUGGCUGAAUACAGCAGAUCAGCCCAUGAAAACUUCUAUUCCUAGCCAAAGGAAGGAGUCCAGCAAAAGGCAGCACCUACUCUUUCAGGCUUGGAAGCAAGAAAGGGGGCAGGAGUUGGAGAGUGUGGAAUCUGAGAAGACAACUGAAAGGUGACAUUUAAGUUGAAGAUGGGUGGUGGAGAAAGAUUCAACAUUCCAGUUCCCCAGUCUAGAAAUAUCACCAAGAACCAUCAACAACUUAAAAACAGGCAGAAGAAUAAAGACCAGAAUUCACAGAUGAAGACCUACAUGAAGAAAGAAAGAGGACAUGGAUGCAACUCAUCAUCUGGUGCAUGGCAGGCCAUGCAAAAAGGGGGAAAGAACAAUGUUCAUUUCCCCAGUAAUCAAAAUUGGAGUCCUACUUUAUCGAAUCGCAACCUGUUUUUCACACCUCAAACCAAUCAGAACUAUGCUGGAGCAAAAUUUAGUGAGCCACCCUCACCAAGUGUUCUUCCUAAGCCACCAAGCCACUGGGUACCUGUUUCUUUUAAACCUUCUGAUAAAGAAAUAAUGACAUUUCAGCUUAAAACAUUACUUAAAGUCCAGGCUUGAGAUGUAACUUUUCGUAUUUUUAAAGUUACUUAAAUUUACAGGGUUUCACAUUUGAGAAUUGUUAUUCCCAACUCCAGAUGCACAGGUGUACAGAACUAGAUGUUCUUGCUGCAUGUAGUUAAUCACUUGGAAGAGGAGGGGGUGGAAGUUUACAUUCCCCUUAUGUUUUACCUCAAAAGUUGUGUGCUGUGUUCACUUCACUGUGAAAUAGGUAUUUUCUCUAUAAUCCAUCUAAUCAAAUCCUAACAGUCACCAUUUCUUGUAUUUAUUGAAGAGUAAAUGGGACUGUCUCCCAAAAUUGGAGUUGUGACUACUUUUUGGUAUGGCGUUAGAAAACCAGCUUUUACCUAACUUAGUGCAGCGGUAACUGGAAAAAAAUGCACUGAAAGCUUUAGUCAGGUACUUUGCUGCUCUUCACACUUGCGUAAAAUUUGCUUGUUAAAUAAAAACUGCAGAGCAGAUUUGCUGAGCGGAGGAGACCUCCACCUAGGCACUAGGUAAAGCAGAUGAGUUGUCUCUUAUUUAUACCUGUGAGCUUUAUUUGGCACUCUUGAAUUGGUGGACAAGCAUUUCAAGCCUGCGACUAAAAAUGAGGUCUAGGAAACAUACUGGUGCGUGUCCUUGAAAGGAUGGAAGAACACAUCAGGCAAAUCUGUAAUGGCCUCUCCCGCUCUAGCAAAACUUCAUUGGAAUCUCAACAACUCAGACUGUGCCAACUAAUGACGCUGCAUUGCCAGAUGACUGCCAAAAAACGCUAAAAAACUCCUUUGUAUUCCAAUUGCACUGCUGCAUUCUAAAAUACAUUUUUGUAUCAGUUUUUAAAAUUGUGAAAAAGGUGAAGUAGUUACUUAGGCUGGUCUUAAAUUGGUUACCCUGUAAUAAUCGUUUUAAGUUACAGUAGCUUGUGGCAGGUAUUAAAAUGUUUUCAUAGGGAAGACAGAGCCAUGUAAAUAAAUGUAAAACUUUGUAGCAUAUGUAAAUUUAUGCUGGGCUUUCCUGCACAGAAGUAUUUUUAGUACAAAACUGCUGAAUGUAAGAUGACCAUGUUGAGUACAUGGCCUGAUUUAAAAAAAGAUAUUUUGUUUAAAAAAAAAAAAAGGACAUUUGUGGCUGUGCCCUUGCACUUAACAUACAGUGAAUAUGCACGUUUUACUUGGUUGUGAGUUCAUUUUUAAAAAGUAAACUUGGUGCAAAAGAGGCUUAUUUAGAAUUUUUUAAUAAAAUAAAAAACCUUAAAAAAAAAAAGCUGCUCAAGUUUAAGAUACUCAUGUUCUGAAUGUAUAGGAGAGGUGUGUAUUAAAUGAUGAAAAAACACUAAGGUGUUGAAAAUCAAAUCAGAUGUUUCACAAGAAAUGCAAAUGGCUGAGUUUGGGUGCUUGGUAAAACUGAAGUAUUGUCACAGUUUUCUCUUUCUAAAAUGCAUCAAUGCUAUGUUACUUUGUCCAGUAUUUGCCAGAUUAUGUCAGCUUCAGAGUGGGGACGGGGCAGUUGCCAGCGUGCAACUUUCAGUGUUGUCACAAUUCAGUUGAUCCUCUAAUAGAAACAACUGAACUGUGGUAGCAGAAUCCAAGGUUAUUUCAAAAUACAGGAACUACUAAAGAAGUGCUUUAACUUGAAAGGGAGUUUUGCAGAUUGUGAAAUGUUCUUUGAGAUGUCUUUCUGUACGUUCAAAAUGCAUUGGCAGCUGGUUGAAUGUUUACAAAUCUAUUGCUCCAAAUAAGAUGGAAUUGGCACUCUUUAAAAACUUACGUCUUUGUGACCUGGACCUUCACCAGUGUAUGAGCCGUUAUCCCAGUUACAAUUGUGUAUACUUGACUUCAAAUUGUCAAUUGCUAAUGGUAUCUGUACAAAUUGGAAACAACAAAAAUUUAAAUAAACUAAACUUUUUCA